CGCAUUGAGAGGGAAAUGCUCUCAUUUCCGAGGCGUUUCCGCUACUUAAAACAUCUGCAUUAAAAUGCGCUGGCGACGCGUCACGCAGCAGAGAUGAAGUUUGCGCGCGCUCUCAGACAGAGGAUCAGUGCAGCACUGUGACUGUGACAUACAGGAAGCGCUCAACUUCAGCUCAAGGACACCUAACCACCACAGAUUUAUUUCAAUGGCCUCAGGUAUGGCAGGGUUGCUGCGGUUGCUCUUGAGCGUGGCAGAAAAAGCCGCCAAUGUGGCACGGGUCUGUCGACAGGAAGCAUCGCUUUUUGAACUUUUGGUACAGGAAAAGACAGGAGCUGACAAAAACAAGAAAUUCGUCCAGGACUUUAAGACGCUUGCUGAUGUGUUGAUACAGGAAAUGAUUCGCCAUGAUGUUUGUGCCAAGUUUCCAGAGCUGACUGGCUUUAUUCAUGGAGAGGAGUCAAACAAGUUUGAGAAUGGACUUGGGGAGAGCGUAAUUGUGACAGUAUGUGCUCAAGAAGAGGACACGAUUGCUCUGUUGGCUAAAGUUCUGGAUGGUGAUCAAAACGCUGCAUCCCUCCUGACCAAGGUGAUCCACCAGGACCUUCAGAUUAGAGACGAGGCAGCUGAAUCUCUGCAGCUGUCCAUCAGCCCAGUCGACGUGGGCAUCUGGAUUGAUCCCAUCGAUGGUACAAGUCAGUACAUUGAAGGGAAAGAGGAAGAGGAGCCAGAUGAAGGCUUUUGUCAGUCCGGACUCCCAUGUGCUCUGGUUCUGAUUGGGGUUUACUUACGAUCCACUGGCCAACCAGUCAUGGGUGUCAUAAACCAGCCGUUCAACCGCAAAGUCUCCACGGGUAAAGGAUGGAAAGGCCAGCACGUCUGGGGUGUUUCGUAUGGAGAUGUGAACGUUUGCUCCGUCACUCAGCGCAGGCCGUUUUGCCCGCAAAAGAAAGAUGAUUUGUCUGUGCUGCUGAGCUCCAGCGAGAGGCCGGCUGUGAAGGACGCGCUAGCAGCCAUUUCCAGCGGCUCGCUGAUGUACGCGUCCGGUGCGGGAUACAAGAUCCUGUGCGUGGUCCAUGGCCUGGUGGAUGUGUAUGUGCUCUCCGAGGGCAGCACGUUCAAGUGGGACUCGUGCGCUCCUCAUGCUCUUCUGCGGGCGCUGGGUGGCGGCAUCUCGGAUCUGAGUGCGUGCCUGCGUGCCCAUGUCAACGGAAUCGAGGGACACGCGGCUGAACUGACCUACCAUCAACCGCACACCGAGAGUCAAGGUGUGGACAGAUGGGCGAACCGAGGAGGAAUAAUCGCAUAUUUGGACUCCAGCGUAAUUGAUAAUGUCGUGGCGGCACUUGCUGGAAAGAUAUGAUGACAAAGAGUAUGAUACUGAAAAGCAAGAGCUUAGUGUAGGCUAUGUCCAAGUUUGUGUGUACGUUAUGCAUAAUCUUACGUCCUUUGAUGCUAUUUUUAUGGUAAGAUUUAGUGGCAUAUUCAAAUAUUAAUUUAAGGCUGUAGCUUUUCAGGAGAAAAGAUAUAUUAUAGUACUUAUCUUCAAUGUAUAUAUCAGUAAGUUUUAUUUUUUGGUUAUAUUUAAGACAAAAAGGAAAAGGAACCCAAUUACUGUUUUGCCUCAUUCUCAUGGUAAUGUUGCUAAAUGUUUCAGAUCAUAUCAUGUUUUACAGUUUCUGAUGGUCACCUGAGAUAAAAGAAGAAACAGAAACCAACAGUUCUCUGUUUCAUAGUCGCUGGAUUAAUAACACAUGGACAUUCAGGCUCUUUAUGGCGUCUUUUUUUACUUUUAUUUGAUCCAUCUUUCCCCCUCCCCCCCCUAUAUUUGGGGAAAAUGAGUGUCAUGACAGUCUCUCGUUUUUUAGACACCACCGGUCAAAAGUUGUUUUUUUCCCCUUUCAAAAACA